CGGCGCACGCGGAGGAGGCGGCGGCCGCAGGAGGAGGAGGGGAGCUCGGAGCGGGAGGUGAGGUGGAGAAGCCAGAGGAGGCGGCCGCUGCGGAGGAGGCGAGCGGCCCGAUGGAGGAGCAGCCGAAGGAGGACGAGGCCGAGGUCGCGGAGCCUUGGUUCUCCAAGUGGGAGCGCCAGUGCCUGGCCGAGGCCGAGCAGGAAGAGCAGCUGCCCCCCGAGCUGCAGGAGGAGGCGACCGCUGAGGCGGCGGGGCUGAAGAGCGAGCAGCAGAGGCUGUGGCACCUCUUCCAGAACUCUGCCACGGCCGUGGCCCAGCUCUACAAGGAUUCCGGGUGCCAACAGCCAGGACUGUCCAUGUGGGACCCCUUCCAGAGUGCGGCCAUGGCCGUGACCAGCCUCUACAAAGAGAGCGGGGAUGCCCACCAACGAAGUUUCGACCUGGGCGUCCAGGUUGGCUACCAGCGUCGCAUCAAAGAUGUGCUGGAGUGGGUGAAGAAGGGCCGGAGCACCAUUCUCCGCGAAGACCUGAUCAGCUUCCUGUGUGGCAAAGUGCCCCCCGCGCCUCCGCGCCCCCCCAGGACGCCCCCGAAGCCGCACGCCGGGGCCGCCAGCCAGGCCGCGGCCACCGAAUCCAGCUCCUCGCUGGAGGUCGACCUGCAGCCCUUCCACGAGGCCAUCGCCCUGCACGGCCUCAGUGGCGCCAUGGCCAGCAUCAGUGUGAGAUCCAGCACCCCCGGCUCCCCGCCUCAGGCCGGCGGUGGCGCCAGCAGCGCGCGCCAAAAAAGUAGCUUCCUCGAAGACGACUCGAGUCCGUGCGACUCAGAAGAACUGGCCCUCCGCCUCGACAGUGCGGGCAGCCGCAAGCGCACCUCGGCCCACUGCGGCGAUGGCCCCUCAGACUCCCCAACCCACAAGCGCAACCGAGUGGUCUAAACUGCCUCACUGCCUCGUUGGUCGCCAGCCGCCAUAUUGCUUGAGCGCUAACUCGACCGUCAACAUGCUUGUCGAAAGGAUACUCGAGACCAUCUCUUCCUUCUCUAAGUUAAACAAAGAUUUCUAUGAAGUUUGCCAUAAAGAAACUUUAAAAGUAUUCCAGAAGAGGCCUCGUAUGACUGACUUUUCCCAAAAUAUAAUCCUAGCAGAGAAGAAGUAUAAUGUAGUAGUUAGCAAGAUCAUUUAAAGCAGAAGUAUCCGGUCAAGGCGAGAGCCUGGAUUAUCUUGUUCACAGUUAUAUUCCUUAGCACCUAGUACAGUUGCUGGUGCUCAAUAAAUGUUUGUUGAAUGAAUAAAUGUGACCUUAUUUAAAAUUCUUAAAGGGGAAGGACUAACAUGUUUACUUGGUGAUAGGAUACUUUUAUCCUUUAUCAUUUGGUUGGUUGGUUGCUUUAACCGUUUUUGCCAGUUCAAUUACAUUUUGUCAAAAUGUAAAACUCGACAUCUUUGUGAAAUCUGGAGUCUUAACAUUUUUGCUCCACUGUACCGUGCACCUAAUUUCUAGGAAGAGACUGUGCAAGUAAUACAUAUUAGGCUGUGAGGUUUUUAAAAAAAGUAGUUGAUUAUUUUGGUGAUUUUGUGAUGGUGUAAAGAAGUGCUAUAAUGGUUGGACAGGUGAUACUUGAUAUUGAGUCAAUUCAGUGCUCUUUUUAGGAAAAUUAAGCCAACGAUUGACAUCCUGAGAUCAAAGAUGGCGUUCCUGGUGGCCCAGUGGUGCUCCUUUUUCUUAGGAAUGUAAAAAGUUCUUUUUUCUGAGGUUACAUCUUUUUGGUGAUCUCUGUUUUGAAGUGGAAGACAAAAUAGUCGGAAUGAACUUCUGGGUUUUAUUUAAGGGUACAGCAUGACAUAACUAAAAGAGCAUGAGUUUUGUAUUAAAAGGACCAACAGUAGAAUCCUAGCCCACAGAUUCACUGCAUGAUUUUGGGCAAAUCGCUUACUGUCUAUUGACUUCAGUUUUUCAUCUGUAAAGUGGAACUCUGUGUCUCCUGAGGUCGUGAGGAUAAGAUGAAGUCCAUAUUUCAAGUAUUUAGUACAAUGCUUGGCACCUAAAAGUACUCAAUAAAUGUUCUCCCUUCUCUGUAAAUAAAAAUCACUAAAACAUUAACAUUCAUUAUAUUUUAGAAAAAGCAAGAAAAUAGAUAAAUUUAGAA